UUGACAUCAAAAGAGUCAUACCAUUUAGAAAUUCGCUCUUUGUUACUUUGUUCUCCACCCAUUUCAUUUCUCUCACUGUGACCUACCAUGGAAGGAGCGACAUCAGCCGUCGAUCAGAUCCAGCCUCCAACUUUUGGAAACUUGGUAACUGUUCUUAGCAUCGAUGGCGGAGGAAUUAGAGGAAUCAUCCCCGCUGUUUUGCUUGAGUUCCUAGAGUCACAGCUUCAGGCUCUCGAUGGUGAGAAUGCGCGAAUCGCAGACUACUUUGAUGUGAUCGCAGGAACAAGCACAGGCGGUCUGGUGACAGCCAUGUUAACUGCACCCAAUGAAAAGAAUCGCCCCAUCUUCGCAGCCAAAGACAUCAAGGACUUUUACAUUGAGCACAGCCCCAAAAUCUUCCCACAAUCCAGUGGCCUAUUGGGUUCAGCUAAGAAGACAUUGAAAGCAGUAUUGGGACCCAGAUACAAUGGCAAGUAUCUUCAUAAUAUUAUCAGGCAAACAUUAGGAGAAACGCGUUUGCACCAGACAUUAACUAAUGCUGUUAUUCCGACAUUUGAUAUCAAGCUGCUUCAGCCCACCAUCUUCUCCACUUAUGAGUUAAAAUCCAACCCUUCUUUGGAUGCUCUACUCUCAGACAUAUGCAUCGCUACAUCUGCAGCUCCAACUUACCUUCCUGCGUAUUACUUCGAAAACAAAGACUCUCAAGAGAAUGUUAGGGAAUUCAAUCUCAUCGAUGGUGGUGUGGCUGCUAACAAUCCGACAUUGGUUGCACUAAGUGAAGUGACCAGGGAGAUUUUCGCUGGUAACCCAGAUUUCUUCCCAACGAAACCGAUGGAUUAUGGUAAAUUUUUGGUGAUCUCAUUAGGGACCGGUUCACAUAAGAAGGAACUGAAGUACGACGCAAAGGCUGCAGGAAAGUGGGGAAUUUUGGGUUGGCUGGUUAACGGCGGUUCCACUCCAUUAGUGGAUGUGUUUACUCAAGCCAGCGUGGAUAUGGUUGACAUCCACAUUUCUGUAGUUUUUCAAGCCCUUCAUUCAGAAAGUAAAUACUUAAGAAUUGAGGAUGACAAAUUAACUGGAAAUGUAUCAUCGGUCGACAUUGCUACGAAGAAAAAUUUAGAAGAUCUUGUGAAGACAGGCGAAGCAUUGUUGAAGAAACCAGUUUCCAGGGUGAAUUUGGAGACUGGAAUCUUUCAAAGCUUGGGAAACGAAGGGAGCAACGAAGAAGCUCUCACAAGGUUUGCUAAACUACUCUCUGAAGAACGGAAGCUUCGUGAAUCCCAAUCUCCAAACCCCAAAUCUUCCACAUCCAAUUGAUAUUAUAUUAGCCAAACGCGGAGGUUUCACCUUCCUCAUGCUAGAUUAGUAAAGAGCGGGGAAUCCAGUUGGUCUCAAUGUAUCAAUACCAUAUUUUUACAUGUAAAGACAUUAUUUGUAUAUGUUUGAUUUGUGUGUAGAUUAUAAAUGGUUGUAAAUUUGACAGAAUUCAAUGAUAUGUAUUAUUCUUGAUUGGAUUUUA